AUGGGGAUUCCCGAGCUCUCUGGCCCUGCCGAAGUGUAUUACGAUGAAGAGACGUCACUGAAGUACACACAGAACAGCAGGAUAGUCUACAUUCAAAGAGAGCUUACUGAAAGAUGUCUUGAAUUGCUUGAGCCGAAAGACGGGGGGCUGCUUCUGGACGUUGGAUGUGGGUCUGGCCUUAGUGGGUCUGUUCUUGCUGAGAAUGGCCACCCAUGGAUUGGGAUUGACAUAAGUAUGGAUAUGCUGAAGCUAGGAGCGGCGAAAAAAGAAGGAGUUGGAUACAUAAGAAUGGAUAUGGGGAGGGGGCUGGAGUUUCAGCCAGGAACCUUUGAUGGUGUGGUGAGUGUCAGUGCGAUUCAGUGGCUGUUUCAUUCAUAUUCAUCUGAUGACCAUCCUGUGCGUAGACUCAGGACAUUCUUCACGGCCCUCUAUUCUAUAUGCAAGCCCGAUGCUCGGUGCGUACUCCAGUUCUAUUUGAAAAGCCAAGGCCAAAUUGAGAUGAUGAAGGCUGAAGCAAUUAGAGCAGGGUUUAGUGGAGGAAUUCAGGUGGACAACGAAGGGACUCGGAAUGUCAAGAGCUUCUUGGUGCUUACGUCUGUUAAAGGACCGGGGAAGAAAAGAGGGAAGAAGAAAAAAGGGAUGGGAAGAAUAGAUGCAAUCCUAAGAAGAAAGGAAAAGCUAAGGCUUAGAGGAGUCGAGGUGCCUAAGGAUACUAAAUACACGGGCCGAAAAAGAUCGAGAAGAUAA